UCGCACAGCCUUCUCUCAUACAUUUUUACGAGAUUUAUAUUUUCUAGCAUCUUUAAAGGUGCCUCCUUUUCUGCAUAGUUUUACUUUUUGGCCUGAAAUAGAAUACAUUGUACAUUGUAUUUUCUAUAAAUGGACAAACAUGCUAUGAAUCCUUAAAACAGAUGUUUUUAACCGUUUUGCCUUAUGAUCCCCAAACAUGAAUCAUAUAUUCUGACCCUUUCACACACAUUGCAUGUGGGAUUUUCCCUUUGCAAUUAUUGUUGAUCAUUCAGUGAUUUUUUUGUUUCUAGAAGUCUGAAGAGAUAAAACUCUCUGGUAUUUCACCAUAAAAUAUCUCAGAUUAGUGAAAAUAAAUAAAAGAUGUACUUUUUAUACUGGCUCACCCAUUAUUAAUGUUAGUUAACAGACAAGCCAGCUGAAAGUUAAACAUUAUCAACAUUUAAUUUCCCACCGGUGCGGGAGAAAACCAAAGUUCCAAAAGGUUAUUGUUUCGGUCACGGGAGGCGCAUGCGCACACAAGCCGUUGUGAACAGAGAUGGCGCUGCACAGAGGAGCUCUCCGUUUAAACCAGCUUGUCGUCAGUCGGCGUUUCAACCAAUUCAUCUCACGUGCCGGGGUCCGCUCGUUGUCCGACAACGUGUCGUCUAUACCCGCACCGUCCAGUGCCCCAGAGACCGUGCGUGACCAUCUAAUCUACACACCAGAGCACUUUGCAUUAAAGGAGUCCCUCAGAAAGAUCAUCGACCAGGAGAUCAACCCUCAUGUGGAUCAGUGGGAAGCAGAAGGGAUUUUUCCAGCCCAUAAAAUCUUCAAGAUCUUAGGAAGUGCUGGCUUUCUAGGAGUCAACAAACCAGUUGAGUAUGGAGGCCUGGGUCUGGACUUCAGCUACAACGUGGCGGUUUCAGAGGAGCUGGGCAACAUUCGCUGUGGAGGCAUCCCCAUGGCAAUCGGUGUGCAGUCGGACAUGGCGACUCCCGCACUGGCCAGGUUUGGUUCAGCAGAGCUAAAGAAAGAGUUCCUCCUUCCCUCCAUCAUGGGGGACAAAGUGGCCUGCCUCGGAGUUAGUGAAGUCGGAGCUGGCUCCGAUGUCUCAAGCAUCAUGACCAAGGCAGUGAGGAAAGGGGAUGAAUAUGUGAUCAACGGGGGAAAGAUGUGGACCACCAACGGUGUCCAGGCUGACUGGAUGUGUCUCCUGGCCAAUACAAGCGACGCGCCCCCACACAGGAACAAAUCCCUCAUCUGUUUGCCCAUGUCUCUGCCAGGAGUACACAUCGCCCGUAAGAUUGAUAAGCUCGGUAUGCGGUCAUCAGACACAGCUGAAGUGUUCUUCGAUGACGUUCACGUGCCCUGCAAGAACAUCAUCGGCCAGGAAGGCAUGGGCUUCACCUAUCAGAUGCUUCAGUUCCAGGAAGAGAGGCUGUGGGCCACGGCCAAUACCGUGACCAUGAUGGACAACAUCAUUCAGGAGACCAUCCAGUACACACGGCAGAGGAAGAUCUUCAAGCAGCCCGUCCUCCACCACCAGUCGGUUCACUUCAGGUUGGCUGAGCUGCAGACGGAGGUCGAGUUGCUCCGCUCCCUCCUCUAUCGCGCCACAGCAUUGUACAUUAAAGGCAAUGAUGUCACCAAGCUGGCAUCCAUGGCCAAAUUAAAAGCGGGCCGCCUGGCCAGGGAAGUGGGUGACAGCUGUCUUCAGUAUUGGGGAGGAAUGGGCUUCACCAGUGACGUGCUGGUCAGCAGAUUUUACAGAGAUUCCAGGUUAUUAUCAAUUGGUGGAGGGGCGGAUGAAGUCAUGCUGGGAAUUAUCUGCAAGUACAUGGACACACUACCCAAGAAAUGAUGCCAUAAACAUCUGCACCAAACGGACUGAUGGAUGCUGCGCCACCGCAGAUGAGCCAAUUCUUCCAGUAAUAAUGAUAAUAAACACAAAUCACCGAAGUGCACUUGACAUAGAAAGUUAAGCUGUUAUAGUAAAUUAUGUUUUAACUGUACUGUAUGUGGUCUGGUCAGUUCAAACAGUUAUGAAGCUACUGUGUUCUUGUGUUCGUUUGUCCAAGAGCACACAACAGCCUACCGUGGAAUUGUAUUUUUUGUAAUUUAGAGACUAAAUACAUUUGAAUAAUAUUUGCAAAAUGUAUGCAAAAAUAACUUGUGUAAAAUAAAUAAAGCAUAUUUUAACAUUG